AUGACUCCAACAAAGGAUGGUAAUUACUUUGUGCGUGUUACAAAAGGUUUAGAUGAUUUACAAAAGGUCAAUAUCGGAAUUUUAUUUAAUGCGGAUUUCAAUUCUUGGUCCUAUGUUAGGAAAAUCUUUACUAGAGUCGCAGGAUCACCCAAUGCCUUAAGAUUUGCCGUAAAAAUGGUUGAUAACAUCUUUCAGGAUUUGGAAAAGCUAUGGAACAAUUUGAUUGAAGAGAAAGGUCAAUUUGUGAAUAAUGAACAAGAAAAAUCUGUAGAAAUUGAUUUUGUAUCUUGGUCAAAAAGAAUUUUCGCGGAAACUACAAUGUUACAGACAGCCAGACUUCACCCUAACGUAUUAUCAGCUUACUAUAAUAGGAUCACAAAUAGAGAUCUUGAUAAUAUUCAAAGCAUAAAUGAAGAAUUUUUGGAUCAACAUUCCGAUCAAUUUGAUGAAUAUAAUAUUCCAUCAUCAACACAAUUGGCGAUAAAUAUUGUGAGUUUACAUAAGAAUCAAAAUUACUGGAAAGAACCUACUAAAUUCAAUCCCUCGAGAUUUUUAGCUAGUAGCAAUAACGAUGAAACUUAUAAUAAAGGUACCCUCAUGAACUUUGGUGGUGGGUUGC